AUGGAGAAGAAGCGGCGGGCUCGCAUCAACGUGUCGCUGGAGCAGCUCAAGUCGCUGCUGGAGAAACACUACUCACACCAGAUCCGCAAACGCAAGCUGGAGAAAGCCGACAUCCUGGAGUUGAGCGUCAAGUACAUGAAAAGCCUUCAGAGCUCCUUACAAGGGCUCUGGCCCGCAUCCAGCGCAGCCGAGUACCCGCUGGGCUUCCGCAGCUGCCUACCCGGCGUCAGCCUGCUCCUACGGUGCGGAGAGGAAGGCGGCGGCGGCCGGCGCUGCCCCCUGGUGCCCGAGCGCGCGGCCGGCGGCAGCACCAUGGACAGCGCCAGCCCCGGCCGAGAGGCGCCCUCGGUGCUAGGCCCGUGCGCCGCGGCGGUCUGGGCGCCUGCUCCCUCCGCCUGCGGCCCGACGUCCACGCCGCCGCGGCUCCUCCUCCCCGGAGGCCUCCCCGGCUCGUCCACUAGCAUCUUGGCGCCACAGGCAGCGUCGCGCGGCCGAGCUGAGAGCCCGGGGCCCGGGCUGCGUGUGUGGCGACCCUGGUGA